AUGUAUAAUAACAAUAAUAAAUAUAAGAUUAAUAGAAAUAAUAGAAAUAAUAAUAAUAAUAUUCAAAGACCCAAACCCACACAUUUCUUAGGUUUGAAAAUUGAUAAAGAAGCGAAUGUUAAUUUAGAAAACGUUGCCAACCAGUUAAAACAAAGACAUGUAAAAUUACAGGGUUCAUUCAUUAAUAAAGAAAAAUACCAUAUAUCAGUAAUUAUUUUAACAUUAGAUACUGAAGAAAAACUAAAUAAUGUUAAAGCUUUAUUUUCAGAAAUUAAACAAGUUUAUGAAAAGAGAUAUUUAUCACAAAAUUUAACAAUUAAAACUCAAGUUUCAGGUAUUGGGUCAUUUAAAGAAAGAACAUUAUGGGCAGGUUUAAAAGAAGAUGAAGAUAAAAAGAAUUUGGUAGAUUUUGUAAAUGAAAUUAGGGAUAUAUUUAAAAAGCAAUCAAUAGAAAUCGAUGAUAGAGAUUGGUCACCACACAUCACUUUAGCCAAAGGAAAAAUCCUUGCUCCAAUGAUAAAUCAUCCAUUCACAUUGUCAUUAGAAAAUAAAGAUUUUGGAAUUCAACAAUUUACUGAAAUGGAUUUAAUGAAAAUAGGUUCAACAGACAAAGAUAAUGGUUAUUAUCAAGUAAUAGACACAAUAGAUUUUUCAUAA